AUGGUGUCCAUGUUUCCACGAGCUGUAGCCAUCGCAUGUACUAUAUCUAGAAUCACGGUUAUGUACAAGAACGUUAGUGUGAUGGCUAAGUACAAGAAGAAAAUCAAGGAAUACGAAGUCUACUAUCCGAUAACCGUUGACAAAGAAAAUUCCCGACGUUUUUUGAUUAUCGCCAUUGUGUUUCUGUAUUCUAUAUUGAUACUACCGUUUAACGUAUUCAGACUGUUCUUGAUUUAUUAUUAUUAUAAAAACAUAAAAAUACUAGUAUUCAUUUUACUAAUGUACAUACAAAAUGUGAGCAUGUCUAUGACGGAAAUACAGUUUAUGGUGUAUUGUUUCGGACUGUAUGCGAAAUUUCAAUCGAUCAACGAAGACAUGUCCACGAUAAAGUCAAAAACUAUUUCGAUAAAUAGAUACCCGUUUGUACUAAAAUCCGAAAAACGCAAAAGAGUCGAAGUGUAUCCAUCAGUCCGCAGUAUUGAACUACUUAAGAUGAGACAUCAAUUUGUCUGCGAGUCAGUUAGUGAUCUGAACGAAAUAUAUAGCAUUCAAUUGGGAAUGUCUAUAUCUGUUUUGUUUAUAAUGUUAUUGUUCGAUAUCUACGAAGUCGUGACCAGCGAAUUGGUCAAAACUAAAUCGCUUUUUCUACUGUAUGGAUGGCUGACACAGUAUAUAUUCAGAUUUAUUGUAGUUAUACUGAUGUCACAUAUAACGACGAAACAGGGGCACAGAACAAAAUUGCUUAUUACUGAUAUACAUAAUCGUAAUUUAGAUAGCAGAACAAAAGAAGAGUUACGACUGUUUUUGAAUCAAGUAUGUAAUCAUUCAAUGGAAUUCACAACCUUUGACUUUUUGACCCUAAAUACACAUCUCAUCACUUCUGCUAUAGUCGCGGGUACGACUUAUAUCGUUAUAUUACUACAGUUCCGUUAA